UUGGCGGGCGUGGGCGGCGGCUGGGACGCGAGCGGGGCUCAGCCCGGAGCGACAGCGACGGCAGCGGCCGCUCCUCCGGUGUCCGUGGCAGCGGCGGCUCUGACUGUCCCCAGCCAUGCUGUGCUAUGUGACCAGGCCGGACGCGGUGGUGAUGGAGGUGGAAGUGGAGGCGAAAGCCAACGGCGAGGACUGCCUCAACCAGGUUUGCAGAAGGUUGGGGAUUAUAGAAGUUGAUUAUUUUGGACUGCAGUUCACUGGCAGCAAAGGGGAGAAUCUAUGGCUGAAUCUGAGGAACAGGAUCUCCCAGCAGAUGGAUGGUUUAGCCCCUUAUCGAUUGAAAUUGAGAGUCAAGUUUUUUGUUGAGCCACAUCUUAUUUUACAGGAACAGACAAGGCAUAUGUUUUUCUUGCAUAUAAAAGAAGAUCUUCUCUCUGGUAAUCUUCAGUGUUCUUCAGAGCAUGCAAUUGAACUUAGUGCUUUGUUGGCACAGAUGAAGUUUGGAGAUUAUAACCAGAACACUGCCAAGUACAAUUAUGAAGAGUUGUGUGCAAAAGAGCUCACCACUACCAUUUUGGAGAGCAUUAUUGCAAAGCACAAAGAGCUAGAAGGUCUAAGUCAAGCAUCUGCUGAAUACCAGAUUCUACAGAUUGUUACAACACUGGAGAACUAUGGGGUCGAAUGGCACUCAGUGAGAGAUAGUGAAGGGCAAAAACUGCUUAUUGGUGUUGGACCUGAAGGCAUAUCCAUCUGUAAAGAUGACUUAAGUCCAAUCAACAGGAUUGCUUAUCCUGUUGUUCAAAUGGCAACUCAGUCUGGGAAGAAUGUAUAUCUGACUGUUACCAAGGAGUCUGGUAAUAGUGUAGUUCUCUUGUUUAAGAUGAUCAGUACAAGAGCAGCAAGUGGGCUCUACAGAGCAAUUACAGAGACACAUGCAUUUUACAGGUGUGACACUGUCACCAGUGCUGUCAUGAUGCAGUAUAGUCGAGACUUAAAGGGUCACCUAGCAUCUCUGUUUCUGAAUGAAAACAUUAAUCUUGGUAAAAAGUACGUCUUUGACAUUAAAAGAACAUCAAAAGAAGUUUAUGAUCAUGCAAGGCGAGCUCUUUAUAAUGCUGGCAUUGUGGAUCUUGUUUCAAGAAGUGACCAAACCCCACCAAGUUCCCCCCUUAAGUCUUCAGAAAGCAGCAUGAACUGUGACAACUGUGAGGGUCUCAGCUGCCAACAAACAAAAGCCCUGCAAGAGAAGCUGCGGAAGCUGAAGGAGUCCAUGCUUUGUAUGGUAUGUUGUGAAGAGGAGAUCAAUUCAACCUUUUGUCCCUGUGGCCACACAGUUUGCUGCAAGUCCUGUGCUUCCCAGUUACAGUCAUGUCCUGUUUGCAGAUCCCAUGUAGAGCAUGUCCAGCAUGUGUACUUGCCAACCCACACCAGUCUUCUCAAUCUGACUGUGAUAUGAUCUACGUAUACACUUUAAACCCAUCAUGUACUCUUUAAACUGCACUAAUACGAAAUGCAACCAUUGAUUGUGAAGAAGGCAAUCACUGGCACCUAUCCAUGAUCAAAAGCAAAAAUACUACAUUUUUUAACAUAAACAUUCUUCGUUCAGCAUGUCCAAAAUGCUUUGGGACAUCUUCUGAGAGCAGAAGUAUAAUUGAUUCACCUUACUUAAAAGGAGAAUGAUGCAUAAGUUUGUAGCACGGCAGUGUUGCCACAAAGAUAGGUAACCCUGGAGAAAUGUGGUGUACACAUACAGAUGUACCCAGUGAAAGCAAUGCAGCCUUUUCUUUUACAUGCUCUAAAUCCUUUUAGUCACACCGUUUGUUUUGAUAGUAAGACUAGCUUUUACAAAUACCAGUUUAGUAUGGCUCAUAGCUUCAGCUUUUAGUAAACUGCUUUAAAGAGGAGAGAACUUUUUUAAAAAGUCAGUUCUUAAACUGAAGUUAUAGGGCUUCAUCAAGUAGCUGUGUUUAACUCAGAAUUCUAUUAAAUAGAAAACAAUUCUGAGAAAAUAGCUUUGGAAAGGUGGGGCAAGUUUGUUAAUCUGCAAGUCUUGAGGGUGGAUCAGGAAAGUUUUGUGGUUGGCAGCAUCACGUGGAAGCACUGUUGUGGGACUUCAUUCACAGCUCUCAGUGAGCAGGGUACUCCCAGGUUUCCCACAUCCAGUUUAGCUGGUGGUCUCAGGAGCUUCAGUCAGCUGCCCUUCAAGUUGGCUUUAUUUUUGGAGACUGAUUUUAAACUAUGUACCAUUAAUUUUUAAAAUAAGGGUUGUGUAUAAUUUUAAAUGCUUUCUUCAGUUAGCAUCUUUAUGGGAUAGGUCAUUUUCUGCUAAAAUGUUUUUAAUUUCCACCCCCCUACUUGGGCAUUUUGGGCUCUGGUUUCCUAGUGUCUUCUCCAGGGUACAGAGGGAACUGGAGACCAUGUUUGGGUGCAAUACUGGCUUAAUCAAAGCUAGAAAACUACACUGUCACUUUACUGAAAUUUUCUGACUAUACUUUUCAUAUUGCCUUAAUGUAGCAGUAACGUGUGUUUAUGCAUCUGUUUCUUUGCACAGACAUUUUGUCAAAAUAUUAAAACUCUACUUUUUUAUGACACAUUAGCAUAUAAACCUUACUCUAAGAGGGUAUUUAUUUUUUCACUUUGUAAAGAAAAUUUUGUUUCCUCAUGAAGCAAGAGCUUUGUCCUAUAUCGUAGGCAGCUUCUGUCUUUUUUAUAUUCAGAUUAAUAAAGGACUAUAAAAAUCUA